CCUAGGCUGCCUCCCCGCCAGGUUUCCAGAGGCCUAAAGCCCCUGUCAGCAGCACCCUCCCCCUCCACUCCAGCUGCACUUGGCUGCCUCUGGGAAUGCUUGGGAUGACAGGCUAAUUCCCGGAAAAUUCCUGACAUUCUCAAUGGGAGGCCAGCCUGCCGCCCCCACCCUCCCACCUGGCCCUCUUAGCCUGGCAGGGCAAAGCCAGGGAGCAGGGGUGGCUGAGGGUUCUCUUCCCUGGUCCUCCUAAUGGCCCAAAUCCCUUGCUCCACCUGUGCUCACCCAGUGGCUGAGCUCUGGGUUGAGGGAAGCCAGACCCAGGCAUUUCUCUCCCAAGGCUGACCCUGGCUAAGGAGAGAGAUGGGAGAACAGGGUGGCUACUAACAGUCCUGAUCCAAGCCCAUAGGCUUGGCCCCCGGGCUGGGGGGAGCAGCACUCUUUGAGCCCAGCUCUGGGCUGGGACAGUUGAAAGGACUGGGCCUUCCAUUACAAGGGGAUUCUCCUGGUGGGCCAAGCCUGCUCCCUGGGUCACAAAGCUGGGGUUUGGGGCCAUUCCUCAGCAUUCCAGAGGGGAGUAGGGCCAGCAGGCUGGGAGGGACUGGCUGCGGGGUCCAGCCCCACCCCACUCGGACUGGGCCCGCCAAACUCCUAAGAGUGGGGGAGUCUUCCUUUAAAGGUGCUUCCUAGGAGUGGCGGGGCUAGAGGGAGGGAACAGCUGUCUGCUUGCGACUCAAUUCAUCAGUUUGGGGGCAAUGGAAACAGAUGGGAAAUUUCCAUUGACUGGUGGUUCCAAGUCUUCCAUAGUCCAGUGAAGGGGAGGGGGUGAACUCAGGAUGAGAAUGGUUUGGGGGGAGUGGAGGGGGUGGGGGGAACCAGACAUGUCUCUGGUGAGUUGUCCCCCCCCCUCCGCCCCUGUCAGACUCAAGGGGGAUUAGAUGCUCAUUGCUCGGGGCCAAUGGGGGAGGGGGUGGGGGCGUCUCCCUGUUUACGGCCCAGGGCCGGGGGCCAGGCUCCACGCCUUAACGGCGCCGACCCCUGCCCCUCCCUGCUCCCCAAGGGUGGCGGGCAGGGGAUAAAGUCAGGGCGCAGAUGCAUGGGGCUCACAGGACCCACAGCACAGCAUGGACUCUGCCCUGCUCCUGCUUGGUUUCUUGCUCCUCCUGAGCUCCCAACCUGGUGUUGGAGAGACCCCUCCGGCACCAGAUGAGGAUCCUGGGGUCAGGGGGUCCCAGCCCGUGGCCCCAGCCACGCCCAGAGGCCGGCCGCCCAGAGCCCUAGCCGGGCUGGACCCCGCUUGCCAGCUACGGAGCCUGCCCCUGCAGGUGAAGGAGCUGGGCCUGGGCUACGCCUCGGACGAGACCAUCGUCUUCCGCUACUGUGCAGGCCGCUGCCCCCGGGCCCGUACCCAGCACGCCCUGAUCUUGGCCCGGCUGCUGCAAGGCCAGGCCGAAUGGCACGGGCUGGGGGAGCCCUGCUGCCGUCCGACCGGCUACGAGGACGUGGCGUUCCUGGACAACCAGCACCACUGGCACCACCUGCCCCAGCUCUCGGCUGGUGGAUGCAGCUGUGUGGGCUGAGCCCUGGCUUCAGCCCCAGCUCUUUCCCCCUGCCGCCGCUUCCCUCCUCUCCUCCUGCCAUGCUGGGACUCGCUUCUUUCUGUAGCC